AUGCCAGAGAGACGUCUAUCGCGUCUGCUAAAGGCAAAACUGCUUCGACGAUCAUCGACACCGGCGGUUCCAAAAGCGGGCAACGGGGCGGACCCGCGUGUCCACCCAAACUCAACCUCUCGCAACUCCAACUCUCGCGCUUCGCAACCCCUCGACUCUGCCAGCGAGAAGUCCCUGUACAACGUCGUUUCUUCGCCUGCCGAGCCCUCCUUUGACGAGCCCAGCCCCGGCUCUGCUCCCGACCGCCAGGGAGGCGCGCUCAAGCCUCGGCACCCGGACGAGUCUUAUCCUUCCUCUCCAUCGAGCCAGCUUCAUCACCAGCGCGACGAUCGCACCGGUACUUCGCCACCGACCGAGUCUAAUCUAUCGCCGCUGCAUACUCCCCUCACUGAAGAGGCUCCUUCUCCUAGCUCGACUCCACUCCAGACACCACAGCAUUCCGACGACAACUCCUUUCAGUCUGCCAACGCCAAGCUUCGAGCGGCGACUCCGAGCGACCCUCCAUUGACACCGGCAUUAGAAACCGUCGUCGAGCGAGCUUUGGAGAUCAGUCAAUCGCCGUCAUCCGCGUUUCUUCCUCCCUCCGCGACCAAGCGACCCAGCCUUGCAGUUCGCCGGCAAUCUUUGCUCACACCGUCCCAUCAGCACUUAAUCAGUGGGCUGUUGGAACCUACUCAAUUUUUCCAAGGGGAUUAUUACCCUGUUCGUACACCUGAGCCUGCGAACGAGAUGGUUCAACGCCGAGUCUGGGUCAAACGGCCAGGUGGCUCAGCCACCCUGGUCCCAUGCAUGGAAGACGCAGUUGUGGAUGAAUUGCGAGAUCAGGUUAUUAUGAAAUAUGUCAACUCUUUGGGAAGAAGCUUCGAUUCGCCAGAUAUCGUGAUUCGGAUUUUUACGCGAGAAGGUUCGAACAGACAGGCGCAUGCCGAACGCCUACUCAGCCCUGAAGAGGUCCUCUUCACUGUGCUCGAUUCAUAUUAUCCCGGAGGGCAAUCAAUAGAGGAGGCGCUGGUAAUCGAUGCUCCAUCACGUCGAACUCCGAAGCCCUCGCCCCGUCACACGGUUUAUCAUCACCAUCAACCGGGUGAGAAUGGCGACUAUUUCCCUCUGAUGCCGGCCCAGCCUAACCCCACGCCACCCGGCCACCCCUCGACAUCAGCACAGCCUAAUGCACCUUCUAUAUCAAUUCUUACUACGGGUGUCGUCCCCCCUCUGCCAUCACCAGGAAGUCGUGGAUCACGGCAUCACCGCCGGCCGCCACUCACCAGACACGCAACUAAUUCCCCGACAAUUCACGGUCAAGGGGUUACUGUAACGGAAGAAGCCGGCAUUUCUCCUCAUUCUCAGAUGCCCCCGCCUGCUCCAACGCAAAAUGUGCCUACGCCUCCUGCGCCCCAGCCUGACUCUCCCCAGAUGAAAACACAUACACCACCAGCACCACCGGUCGCGUCUCCGCGAGUUCUUCGCAAAUCGAAGGGCGCCGCAUCACCUGGUGCGGUCUUCGGUGGAUUGAUCGAUGGUACUGUACCGCCAAUUAACGUCUUGAUCGUGGAAGACAAUAUCAUCAACCAAAAGCUUUUGGAGGCGUUCAUGAAACGACUGAGUGUGCGCUGGAAGUGUGCGGCCAACGGCGAGGAGGCGGUGCGAAAGUGGCGGCAGGGAGGAUUCCACUUGGUGCUUAUGGAUAUCCAGUUGCCCGUGAUGAACGGCUUGGAUGCUACGAAGGAGAUCCGCCGUCUUGAACGUCUGAAUGGUAUCGGUGUCUUUCCGAAAAACGCAUCUGGUCGCUCCAGUGCUUCAAGUGCCGCGACUACCCCGAUGGAAGAUAGACGACCUAGUUUGCAUCGCUCUGUCAGCGUGGAAGAUACAUUGUCUGAUUUGUCAUUGUUCCGGAGUCCGGUGAUUAUUGUCGCAUUGACAGCUAGCAGUUUGCAGAGUGAUCGUCAUGAAGCUUUGGCUGCUGGCUGUAAUGAUUUCUUGACCAAGCCCGUUGGAUUCCCGUGGCUAGAACAGAAAGUAACGGAGUGGGGAUGCAUGCAAGCUCUCAUUGAUUUCGAAGGCUGGCGCAAAUGGCGUGGAUUCAUGGACUCUCCCCGGUCUUCCUCGCCCGGUUUUGACAGCGCCGCUAGCCCAAUGCAAGGUGGCAGCCGCCAUCAGUCGGUGUCACAUACACAAUCGGCGUCGCCGCUACUCACCCGCACCAAUGCCAAGCUGCCUCGCCAUGAAUUGCAAAGGCCUCAUCUGCCCGACGCGGGUGAAAUUCUGCGCGAGGAUUCCUGGGGUAGCGGCAGUGGUGCCGAUACUGCCGAUACAGGAGACUCGAUCAGCCCCUCGGUGGCUCCGCAACCUUCUACGAAUCCUGAGGUGACAGUGGAAUCUCCCGAAGAAGCUGCUCCAAGUGAGCAAUGA